ACUGUCAAACACCUACCUUACCUGCGUGCUUUACUCUAGUUCUAUUAAAACAGAAAUUUAUUAUUACAUCGAAAAUAAAUAGAAUUUAAAAUGUCUUCGCCGCUGGAAAACUUGGAAACUCAAUUGGAAAUGUUUAUUGAGAACGUCCGACAAAUACGUAUCAUUGUCAGCGACUUCCAACCGCAGGGUCAGAGCGUCUUAAAUCAAAAGAUUCAAUCGCUCGUAACUGGCCUUCAGGAAGUCGACAAGCUGAAAUCUCAAGUUCAAGAUAUCCAUGUUCCUACAGAAGUAUUUGACUACAUAGACCAGGGCCGCAACCCACAGCUCUACACCAAAGACUGUAUUGACAAGGCCCUAGCCAAGAAUGAGGAAGUGAAAGGCAAGAUUGACUCCUACAAGCGCUUCAAGAGCCAUCUCCUCAGUGAGCUCGGAAAGACCUUCCCUAAUGAAAUAGCUAAAUAUAAAGCUAUUAGGGGUGGUGAAUAAGUUACAAGAUCUUUUGGAAUUUGUUUACCUUUAUAUGUGUAGUUUAGAGCCAAAAGGUACAUAGUUGUAGAGCCAAAAGGUACUUAGUUGGUUGUCAAUAAGCCAUUCAUAGCAGAAAAAAUUGAAGUGAAACUAUUCUUAUUGACAACUGAAGAAGUAUUCUUUUUUUAUGUAAUUUGUAUUACCAGCACUGAUAGAAUGUCCAUGUUUAUGCCUAAAAUAAAUCUAGAUACUUAUUGUCUCUUUCUAGAUAGAGAGGGGAAAUAGUUUAAUAUACAUAGUUGUUCUACCAGUGUUGAUGUUGAUAUAAUAUAAUCUAAGUAAUGUAGGCUAAGGGAGUAAUAAGGUCUCAUAUUUAUUGUAUGCAAAAUGUGAAGAUUUUUCAACAGAUCAACAAAAUUUCAUUUAUGGGAUUAAGUAAUGCGUUUGAUUCUCAAAACGAAAACCAUGUCAGUCAUGACCUUUAGUAUACUAAAAUAAAAUUCAGAUUUGAUUUAAAUCUGUUUAAACACCUAUUUGAACAUUCUAGAUUCCAAACUUGAAUACUAUUCAGGGUUGCGUUUUAUAAAGACUUAAUCUCUGUAUGGACUGUAUGUGUAUCUCUAUUAAUCUUAUUGAAUAAAAUUGAAACCCAAUCA